GCAGGAGUCCGGAGUGUGAGCAUCUGGCGGGGACAGCAGGACUAGCAGGAGCAGGAUUCGCGCCGCAGUCUGUCGCGAACAUCGUUCGAAGGAUCGACGAGCUAGGACACAAGGACUAAGAUGUUGUCCAACACGAGUGGCGCGAAUUUUCGAUGCUGUCGAGUCGAUGAAGCCGACAAAUAAAGCACGGAAGCACGAUACGUCCGUGAACGUACGGCGUUGAUCCUUUUUCAGGAACGUUUCACGUAGCAGGUACUAUAGGUACUAUCCAUCUUCGAAAUACGUACGCGAAAAGAACAGACGAGGAUCUAAAAUCGACAUCAAAUGCACGGUCAUGUACGGUCUGAUUAUAGAGAACAUGUCGGAGUUCAUAAAACAAACUUACGGCGAGGACAAAUGGGAGGAAAUUCGCAGGGCUGCCGCCGUAGAUCAACCGAGUUUCAGUACUCACCAAGUAUAUCCCGAAGGACUCAUUCCAAGAUUGUCGAAGAAAGCCGUGCAGAUUUUGAAUGUGAGCGAGCGCGAGUUUUUCGACCAGAUGGGCGUCUUCUUCAUUGGCUUCGUGAGCCAAUACGGAUACGACAGGGUGCUCUCCGUACUGGGGCGCCACAUGCGAGACUUCCUGAACGGCCUGGAUAAUCUGCACGAAUACCUCAAGUUCUCGUAUCCGCGCAUGCGCGCUCCCAGUUUCAUUUGCGAAAACGAGACCAAGCAGGGCUUGACGUUGCACUACCGCAGCAAAAGAAGGGGGUUCGUCUAUUACACGAUGGGGCAAAUCAGGGAGGUAGCCCGACAUUUUUAUCACAAGGAAAUGAAAAUAGAGUUGGUGAGAGAAGAGCUGCUGUUCGACAUGGUGCACGUGACAUUCCAACUAACAUUCGACAAUAGGGCCUUCACGUUAGCUUCGUUGGCGAUGACGAGAGAAGAAAAACAUCUGCCCAUCAGUGCCUCGGUCCUCUUUGAAAUUUUUCCGUUUUGCAUAGUUUUUGGUUCAGAUAUGGUUGUUCGGAGCAUAGGCAAUUCAUUGAUGGUAAUUCUACCGGACUUGGUGGGCAAAAAAAUUACGAAUUGGUUCGACCUUGUGCGCCCAUUGAUUGCUUUCAAGUUUGGUUCGAUACUGAACAGAACGAAUAACAUCUUUGAACUAAUGACAGUAGAGCCAGUCUUGAACGAUAAGCCUCCAUCAGAAUGCCGAGGGCAUGAGCUAGUGCUCAGCGACGAAUCAGAAGUCUCAGAAGACAGGAACCUCAGACUGAAAGGUCAGAUGAUAUAUAUGGAUAACUGGAAAAUGAUGAUGUACCUAGGAACACCUGUGAUGCCCGAUCUCAACUCUUUAAUUAACUCUGGACUUUAUAUCAACGAUCUCUCCAUGCAUGAUUUCAGCAGAGACCUGAUGUUGGCUGGUACCCAGCAAUCUGUGGAGCUGAAACUAGCUCUAGACCAAGAACAACAGAAAAGCAAGAAGCUAGAAGAAUCCAUGAGGAAGCUAGACGACGAAAUGAGAAGGACUGAUGAACUUUUGUACCAAAUGAUUCCGAAACAAGUGGCUGAUCGAUUGAGGAAAGGGGAAAAUCCGAUAGAUACUUGUGAGAUGUUCGACAGUGUUUCUAUACUUUUCUCCGAUGUGGUCACUUUCACAGAGAUCUGUAGCAGAAUCACCCCCAUGGAAGUAGUUUCGAUGCUCAAUGGCAUGUACUCCAUAUUCGACAAACUGACCGAAAGGAAUAGAGUUUAUAAAGUGGAGACCAUCGGCGAUGCGUACAUGGUGGUUAGCGGAGCGCCCGAGAAGGAAGGCAACCAUGCCCAGAGGGUGUGCGACAUGGCGAUGGACAUGGUGGACGCCAUCACCGAUCUCAAGGACCCGUCCACUGGUCAACAUCUUCGCAUCAGAGUUGGGGUGCACUCGGGGGCGGUAGUGGCGGGGAUAGUGGGUCUGAAAAUGCCCCGAUAUUGUCUUUUCGGAGAUAGUGUCAACACCGCUUCGCGCAUGGAGUCGAGCAGCGAGGCAAUGAAAAUUCACAUCUCCCAGUAUACCAAAGAGCUGCUGCCCUCCAGCUAUGGGGUCAUCGAGAGAGGAGAGAUACAAAUAAAAGGAAAAGGAACCAUGAAAACCUACUGGCUGCAAACGAGAGAGUGUCGUACUCCUGUUCCCAAAGUCCUGGACUCUCGAUCUACUUCCGAAUCUUCCGAGGAGUUGACAAUGCAGCCGGAAGAAAAAGGACCUGAAGUGGCUCGCGGGUCUGUAUACUCGCCCAUCACUUUCAAAGAUGUCGCUCGAAGAAGUAUAGCUAGUUCACCAAUCAAGUUAUACGGGAGAGAGAUCCGAUCGAAUUCAGCUGGCGCAGUAUACACAAUGUCUGAUCCGGCCUGUCUUUUUGGCUCGAUAGUUUUGGAGCAAGAGGAAUCAGAAAAAGUGGGCGAAUUCGAACUGCCUACAUGUUUCAGAACCAGAUGUACCACUGCCCCGCCUAGCACUAGUCAUUCUACCUUCACAGAAGAGGUUAGCCUUACUUCUCAGGGAACCGCACAAGAUUUUCUAGAUCGAGACAAAUCUGAAUUUCAACCUCCAAUCGACCAGACCAAGGGAGACACCGAAGGCAUUCAAUGUCCUGACGAAAAAUUCGAGUUUGGGAAAUGCAUGUACGAAUAUGCGAAGAGAAUGGAUAAGAAAAGGGAGUGCAGCAACAUGGACGUGAUGACUUCGAAAAGUGAUGGCAAUUUGUGCGAGAAAAGUCAACAAUUCAAUUACGUAGGGAACAGCCAACGAAGUCAAUUCCUGAAGAACUCUCAGUCUCACCAACAGUGUUGCUCGGGAUUCGGAAGUUCUCAAAGAAAUCGGUUCCAGAGCAACGCUUGUUCCAUAAAUUAGAGUUUCCAAUGACUUGAAUGCGAAAAUUGAAUUCACAAGAAAUAACUCUCGAACAGUUUAAUUCAUAGCAUUCAGACUUGGCUGUCUGUAUUUGGGGAUGAGGAGUGCCUGUUGAUUUGGCAAUACCCUUAUUGUCAGUACUGUAGAAGUAUUUUUUUUUAAAUGAUAUAAUCCAACUAUAAAAUACUUCAUUUCACUUGAUUAUUUUGGAUUUUCUCUCCUCGUUUCUACAAAAUAAAAAUAUGAGUAUUAUUUCAAUAUACAGUGUGUCCAUUUAGUGCUUAAUUCUUUGAUAUCUCGAAAGCCAUAACCUAUAGAAAAAAAC